AUGGGCUCAAGAAUUUCGAGAUUUAGCUGGAUUAUCGCCACCUGGUCGACCAUUCUCGUUCUUACCAAUGAUGGGUGGCUGGCCAUUGAUAUCAGAUCCGUAAACGUGACCCAUUUUGAAACGUUUAGUCUCAAGGUAUCUCUUGUUGUCCUUUGUGAUUGGGGUCACAAGAGGAACCCGGCCAGCAACAGCCAGACCAUAACCCUUGAGCCCAAUCCAAUACCUGUGCACCAAUUCCGUACUCUCUUGAGUCAACCGGCAAACCGAGCUCCUCAUUUGCCUCAACAGUAUCACGCCCAUCGUCCUGCAGAUUGUAAGCCCGAAGCUUAUGGCCCAGCCCAAUUCCCCUGCCCUCGUGGCCACGGAGAUAGACCAAAACACCCCUACCAGCAGCUUCUAUCUGCUGCAUCGCAAGUGCCAGCUGGUUCCCGCAGUCGCAUCUGGCUGACCCAAAUAUGUCUCCAGUCAGACACUCUGAGUUUUCCGAUUCUGGAGAUUGUGUUGGCUUGUCCAACUGAAAAUUCGGCAAGAAAGCCAACCGAUCCAAAAGUUCAAGCAAUAGAUAUCAUCUUUAAAUUCUCUUGCUGCACAAAUUGCGUAAGCUUCGGCAGUCGGGCCAUAGAUCCAUCAUCAUCGACAAUUUCGCACAAAACUCCAGCAGGUUCUAAUCCAGCUAGCACAGCAAGAUCCACAGCAGCCUCUGUAUGCCCAGCUCUUUUAAGAACACCACCCUCUCGGUACUUCAACGGAAAUAUGUGCCCUGGGCGGUUGAAAUCCUCGGGCUUCGAAUCUUUUGAUGCAAGAGCCUUUAUUGUUAUUGCCCUAUCACGAGCUGAAACUCCCGUGCUUGUACCAUGUUUUGCAUCCUACAUAAAAUAUCUAUGCAAGGCAUCCGAAAACUUCCUUAACAUUUUGCUAAACCAAAAACCCUGCAAGUGCAACCCAUAA